AUGACUAAAACUCAACAUUUGAUCGUGGACACAGCCGGAUUUAUUGACAAUGCUCCACUUCAAGAGUUUGGUGUGAACAUCUAUACUAUACAAGAAGUAGUAAAUGAAGUUACAAAUAAACAGCAAAAGACCGACCUGUCAGUACUGCCAUACACACUGAACAUUAAAACUGUGUUUCCUGAACAUGUUCAAUUUGUUGUUGAUUUUUCAAAAAAAACUGGCGAUUUCCCGAAUUUAUCCAUAACCGAUAUUAAAGUAAUAGCUUUGGCUUAUCAGGUACACAAAGAAAAUUAUGGCACAGAUAAUUUAAAAACCGAACCAGAAUCUAAAUCUAUUGUGUUUGAAAAACCAAAGGUCAAUGAAAACACAAUUGGGUUUUAUGAUCCAGACCGUUUAUGUGAUAAUUUGUCAGAACUAAAUAUAGAUGACGGAUGGAUUACAGAAGAGAAUAUUAAAGAUUUAACUAUAAAUAUCGGAGAUAAUAUAGUUGAUGAAGAAGCUAAAGUUGGUUGCAUUACAACUGAUUAUGCUGUACAAAAUGUCCUUAAACAAAUGGGCCUUUCUAUCAUUGCUUUAGAUGGUCGUGUGAUUAAAGAAGUUCGAACAUAUAUAAGGCGAUGUUAUGGUUGUUUUACCUUAACUUCACAUAUGACAAGAUUGUUUUGUCCUAAAUGUGGUAACAAAAGUUUGAAACGCGUAGCUGUAUACUUGGAUGAAAAUGGCAAGCAAUGUGUUUACAUAAAUGCUAAACGGCCUUUGAAUUUAAGAGGUAAAAGGUAUUCGUUACCAAAACCACAAGGUGGUAAACAUGCAAUUAAUCCAAGGUUAGUCGAAGAUCAACCAAGACCACAUCAACGACCAUCUAGAUUGGCCAAAACAAAAACUAAUGCUUUGGAUCCAGAUUAUACAGCUGGACUAUCUCCAUUCGCUACAAAGGAUGUUUAUUCAAAAUCAGCCAUGCUUAGUUUCAAAGGUUCAGUACAGAAACAAUGGAUGAAGAGGAACCCCAAUGAAUCCAAUAAAAAAUGUAAAUAA